UGGUAACGAUUUUUCAGGGGGGUCGCUGACGAAAAUGGAUGAAGCAGGUGUUGAAAAGAAGAAUGCUCCAACAUUUGUCGUGUACGCUCUACGUAGUCGCUCGAACACAAUCAGAUCGGUCGAUGUAUCGGGAAUGGAUGCCACAGUUUAUGAAUUGUUGCACUAAAAUAAGAAGUCGUGGAGGGCAUGAGAUCUGCUGUCGUUGACUCGUUCGAUCUCAAGAAUCGCAUUACAUUGCAAGAUAGAUGCAGCAGCGAUUCGUUCGCAAUCUCGAAAUCCAUUGAGCAGGUACUCCUCCUCUCAAGGGUCGGCACUCUCCCAAGAAAUUCACGCAUAAGUAGAUACACAUCCGUAGUUCCUUGUUUUUUUGAUGUGUCAUCGCAGAAAGCACAAGCAGCCUACUUGUAGCGUUGCAGGAACAACAAGUCCGCUCGAAGCGCUGACUUCUGAAAAGUGAAAGUCUUAGAAAGUGAGCUGAGUGAAUAAGGUCGAGACAAUGUCGGCGCGUUCGCAUUCGUCAUCGCAAAUGAUCAGUGCGAGGUCUGACCGACCGUCUGCCCGUGCGGGUCCCAGUUCUGCUCCCGAGCAUGCCGCCCCAGCAAGUAACAGAACACCCCGCGCACACAGCAUGCCGCACCGACCCCAAGUCUACUUUCCGGAAGUCGGCAACUACACACUCACCGCAAUACCAGGUAAAGGUUUUUCAUCAUGUACGAAAAACGAGCUACCUAUCCGUAUUCUUUCGAAAGAGAUGAAACUGUAUUCAAAUCUGUUGAAUGCCUCAACGUAUGAUAGAUUCCAUCCUUCGUCUUUAGUUGAUCUACCUGGUUCGAUUUCAAAACAGGUUAUGGAGGCUACAUUCCCGGAAAGGUUAGCGAAAACGUGAUUUCCAGUACCUUCAAUCGCUCAAACCAGCUUGCAGCAAUCAAGUGCGAAGAGAGGCUACUCGAUGACCACCAGUAUACACAGGAGCCACACAAUUACGCACGACACAAUCCCUUCGGUGUCACCCUGCCCCACAGAAGGUACUUUCUUCCUGAUUGAGGGAAUGCGAAUGUGUUACGCUCAUAUCUAUGCAUUGUGAAGGAAUGAAUCUGUGCCUACUUGCAUUUCGAUUUGCAAAGGAGAAGAGAAAUCCGAAAUUUCUACAGGGGGACCGACGUACCGGGCUACACUGGUUUCAUUCCAGGGAAAUACGCUGACGGGGUGUUCGGCCAUGUUUACGCUCGCGGUAAUAUCAUAAGGAAACAUGUAGCCCAGCAUCGAUGAUGUUUGGCAUCAAGUUUAUACAGCAGUGUUGGUAUGGAAUCCUGACGGUCGCUAUUGCUAUGCGCAGAAGAGAAGUAGUCUACAGCAUUUGCCAUUGCCAAAAGGCCAAAUUGUUUCGGCCUUGGUUACGUGUUUCCGCAUGAUAGCUGACAACAUCUCCCAGCUGCUGAAGCAGAGGCAGUACGUGGACCGUGCGGAGUGGAUCGGGCGCCUCUACCAGUAGGGAGGCAUCCAAGUAGACCGGUGAUUAAAAUGCAAAAACCUUUUAGUGCAUUGUCGCAAACAGCAUGAAAUCAAUCUCCGUUCAUGAAGCAGGAGUGCAUUCUGACCCUCUCACAAUUGAAGUGCUUAACGGUUCUUACAUCAGCCAUUGUCGAUUUUCAGCAAAUUUUACGAAGUCCAAUAGAUACACUAGGUCGGGCUAUACACAAUAGAACCACCUCAUCCUCUUCGACUGAAUUUUCUAUAUGAUACCUGCAUUGCCUUUGCCGCACCAAGGAAACCGACAGAAGAUCUUGUACAAUGUUGUAGCUGUUUCAUUUUAGUUUCACCGACAACGAAGACGAGAAAUGCGCAUUCAAAUGUACCAAAGAAAUACGAAAUGAUGAAGACGCCGGAU